AUGUCAUUAAAUGUUCCUGGCUUGGUCGUUCUCCUAGUUUUCUACAUAAUCAUACUGGUAGUAGGAAUUUAUGCUGCCAGGAGAAGGAAGCAGACAAAUGGAGAACCUGAUACACUGGAAUCCUCCAUAGUAGCAGGGCGCAGUAUAGGAUCUGUGGUUGGGGUUUUUACAAUGACAGCUACUACUGUGGGAGGAGGCUACAUAAAUGGAACAGCUGAAUCCAUAGCAACCGGAGGUCUUGUUUGGACCCUUGCUCCAUUUGGAAUAUUUUUGGGACUGAGUAUUGGUGGUAUGACCUUUGCCAAAAGAAUGCGAGAUCAAAGCUACUUGACAAUGCUUGAUCCAUUCCAGGAAGUCUAUGGCAGCCAAGUGGUAUUUUUGGUCUACCUAGCCUCUAUAUGGGGCGACCUGUUCUGGACAGCAUCAAUACUUUCAGCUCUAGGUACAAGUCUAAGUGUUAUUUUGGAUUGGAGCCGUACAAUUGCCAUAGCAACAUCAGCGUCUAUCACAGUGGUGUACACCAUGAUUGGUCAGAUGAUAUCUGUGGCAUACACAGAUGUUGUACAGCUUAUACUCAUCACUGGGGGACUGGUACUUUGUGUUCCGUUUGUGCUGGCCAAUGAAAACGUUGGAAAUAUUGGUAAUACUACUAGUGACUGGAUUGGUCAGUUUGAUACCAGUUCGACAAACCUGUGGAUAGACCUGUUUAUUGCCAUGACGUUUGGAACUAUUCCCUGGCAGGCUUAUUUCCAGCGAGUGUUGUCAGUUCAGGGUGGAAAAGAAGCUCAGAUACUGUCAGUGGUGGGCGGGGCUAGUGCUCUUGUACUUUUCCUUCCCUCUCUCCUGAUAGGUGCAGCAGCUGUCAGUGCAGAUUGGACCAACACAACACUUGGCGUGUCACCAAUGGCAGUUAAUAAAGCAGAUAUGGUUUUGCCGUAUGUACUAAAGGAGUUUACUCCUGUACCUGUGGCUGUGAUAGGUCUGGGUGCCAUCAGUGCUGCUGUCAUGUCCUCCAUGGACAGCUCUGUCCUCGCAUCAAGCUCAAUGUUCACCAAAAAUGUCUACAAACAACUUUUGCGACCUAAGGCUUCAAACACAGAGUUGAUCUGGAUCCAACGCAUGGCUAUCCUUACCAUUGGCAGUACAUCAGCAGUUGUCUCCCUUCUUGUGCCGGGUGUGUACGGGCUCUUUAUUUUGGCAGCAGAUGUUGUCUUUGUGAUCGUCCUUCCUCAGUUAAUCUGUGCCGUGUUUCUGAAAUGGACCAAUAGAUACGGAGCUGUUACAGGCUACUUUACUGGGACCUUGCUUCGUCUUGGUGCCGGAGAAUCAAGUAUUGAUCUGGAACCUUUCAUAUUCUAUCCUGCAUAUGAAGAUUUAGUGGGACAGAAUUUCCCAUUCAGGACAUUUGCAAUGGUUACAUCACUUUUAGUCAUUGUUAUCGUCUCAGUUCUGACAAAUGAACUCGGCCUUCCCCACACAAAAUCUGCGAAUGCUUACACAUUACAUUCACGAGAUAUCAGUUCAGAAUAUGGACAAGAAAGUCAUUUAAACAUGUCAUGUACGAAAUUAGACCAGCAGAAUCGACACAAUGGAUUUACAAACUUUGAUUGUCAUGCUGUUACGGACAGUAACGAAUAUAAAGAUGAUUUUACGAACUGUAACUUUGAGAGUAAUGUGAAUUCCAUUACAGAUACAAUUGAAAUAAAGGAUGAUGAAUUUACGAACUGCAAGCAAAGUAGAAAACGAAUAUCUGGAAUAAAUUCGUGUGGAGUUGUGAAAGACAGAGACCAACAGCAUCAGGAAUUGGUUCAUUUAAACUCUGCCCUCACUUAA